AUGAUGAUCACCGAUCUUCCAAUGGAUUUGGUGGAAGAGAUAAUCUCUAAGAUUCCUGUUAAAUCUAUGAAAGGAGUGCAAUUAACUUGCACAAUGUGGAACACUCUAUCGAAAAGCCAGAUCCUUACAAAGAUGCACCUUGGUAAAGCAUUCGCUCCAGCAAAGGAAGAUGAGUCUCGGAUCAUCAUGAUGAUAGAUGAAAAGAUUUAUUUAACGAGCGUCUUCGUCAACAACGACGUUAAAGAUUUCUCGGCAGAGAAAAUAGGUCAACUAACUUGCCUUGAGGAACAAGUCAAGAUAUCUAAUGUCUGUCAGUGCGAAGGGUUAUUGUUAUGCAUGUUGAAAGGCGAUGAUACUAGGGUUGUGGUUUGGAAUCCAUAUUUGGGACAAACAAGGUGGAUCCAACUCAGACGUCCUCACGUCCCAUCCGGAAAAACACGGCAUAACAUGUUCAGUUACGGUCUCGGAUACGAGAAUAAGAUGUCUGGUCGUAGCUUAAAAUUAUUGAGGUUUAUAGAUUUCUCCUUAUUUGAAAAUAAGAACGAGUUUUUAUGGUAUGAAAUAUACGACUUUGAGUCUGGUUUGUGGACGACUCUCGAUGUGAAUCCAUACUGGCGUGUAUUAACGUCUGGCUGUGGCCUUUCUUUCAAGGGAAACAGUUACUGGUGUGCUACAAAAAGGAACUCAGAGAGUGGUUGGAGGGAAUAUCAAUAUAUCGACCACAUAAUCUGUUUCGAUUAUACAAGAAAUAGAUUUGGGCCACUUCUGCGUCUGCCGGAUAGAUAUGACUACGUGACUCUAUCUUGUGUCAGAGAAGAGAAGCUUGCGGCUCUAUGUUGCCGCGACGACAGUGAUCCAUAUGAUUUUCGGAUAUGGAUCACGACUUUGGUUGAGGCCGGAAAGGUUUCGUGGAGCAAGUUCUUGACAUUUUAUCAAGAGUUACACCCUGAUGACAUCCGGUUUUCAUUUGGGGGUUUCUAUGUUGACCAAGUGAAGAAAGUCGCCAUGUUGUCUGGUAGAAGGGUUGAUGACCAAGGAAGUAUGUUGGCUAAAACAGUUUGCAUCAUUCGAUGGAACAAGUAUGAAGGCGGAGCGGAUCUCGAAGAAUGUACCGAGGAAAGCAGUUGGCUUAAACUUGUGGGCUCUUAUGUUCCAAGUUUAGUGCAAGUCAAGGAACCUAAAGGAGGCCAAAGGCAAAAACAAAGUGAUUUAGAAAAUUUUCGUUAUGAUGAGAGAGAGUUUCCCUCUUUAUAUUUGAGGUGUAAAUCGCUUAAUCCUCACUUCUCAGUGUAA